AUAACCUAAGCGUGUGGCGCGAAUCCUCGUGAUCGUCCCGGUUAAAUAAGCGACAGUCAUACCGUUUGCGGUUUGUUAGAUUUUCGCGGGCAGUGAGGUGCGAAGGCAGGCAGUCAGUCAGUCAGUCAGUUUGAGAUGGCGGCAAGUUGCCAAAUGAACGGCGUGAACGGAUCGCCAAGGAAGAAGGCAAGGAUCAACGCCAACGACAACAACAGAGUCACCGUCGUCCUGGGAGCGCAAUGGGGCGACGAGGGCAAGGGCAAAGUCGUCGACAUGCUUGCAACCGAAGUCGACGUCGUCUGCAGAUGCCAGGGUGGAAACAAUGCUGGGCACACGGUCGUGGUGGAGGGCGCCGAGUACGACUUCCAUUUGCUGCCGAGCGGUAUCAUCAACUCCAAAUGCAAAUCCGUGAUCGGUAAUGGGGUUGUUAUUCAUUUACCUGGACUCUUCGAAGAGUUGGCGAAGAACGAGCAGAAGGGUCUGACCAACUGGCAGAAUCGUUUGAUAAUCAGCGAUCGGGCGCAUCUUGUGUUCGAUUUCCAUCAGCAGGUCGAUGGGAUGCAGGAGGCACAGAAGGGCCAGGAGCUUGGUACCACCAAGAAGGGAAUCGGCCCAACAUACUCGUCGAAGGCCAUCAGAAAUGGCAUCAGGAUAGGCGAACUCCUCGCAGACUUCGACUGCUUCAAAGAAAAGUUCAUCGUGCUGACGAACAUGUACAAAAGGAUGUUCCCUACACUCGAGGUGGACAUCGACGCCGAACUGGAACGCUAUAAGAAGUACGCCGAUCAGGUCAGGCCUUACGUUAGGGAAACUGUAUCCUACCUCGACAGAUGCUUGAAGGAUAACAUGAAGAUUCUGGUCGAGGGCGCCAACGCCGCCAUGCUCGACAUCGAUUUCGGUACCUAUCCCUACGUGACGUCUUCGAAUUGCAGUGUCGGCGGUGUCUGCACGGGCCUUGGUUUGCCACCAAACAGGAUAGGCGAAGUCAUUGGCGUCGUCAAAGCUUACACGACCAGAGUAGGUGCAGGACCAUUCCCAACCGAGCUGAACGACGAGAUCGGUAGCUUGCUGCAGGAGAAGGGCCACGAGAUCGGUGUGACGACCAAGAGGAAACGCCGCUGCGGUUGGCUCGAUCUGUUCCUCCUCAAGUACACCAACAUGAUCAACGGUUACACCGGUAUCUGCAUCACGAAGCUGGAUAUUCUCGACACCCUUCCUGAAAUCAAACUGGCCGUCGGUUACAUCAUCGACGGCAAGAAGAUCGACUACUUCCCAUCCAAUAUUAAGGACUUGGCAAAGGUCGAGGUCGACUACGUCACCGUUCCCGGCUGGGAGACGUCAACCGAGAACGUGAGGGAAUUCGCCGAUCUUCCCGAGAACGCCAAGAAGUACGUGGAGAAGAUCGAAGAAGUCCUGGAUGUUCCUGUUAAAUGGAUCGGCGUAGGCAAAGGGCGAGAAUCUAUAAUAACAAUACACUAAGUCUGUUAAUAUCGUCGAGCCCUAUAUUAACUAAAUAAAUAUAAUUUUUUUCCUUUA